ACGUGUGGGUUUAAAUGUGGCAGAUUUGGGACUGGCAACAUUCAACGACAUCCAAUGUGAGCCACGGUUAGAAAUAUUUGGGAGACUCGACAUUUGAUUCUCGAUUUAAUUUCAGUGCUUCCUCAGUUGUAAGCGAGGCAAAAUCGAUCUUUGUUUCCUCGGAAACAAUAGGUUGCUUGUUGUCAACGAUGUUUUGAAGCUCUAUUCAAUCGAGGAUAUGUCCCAGAUGCCACAAUUGCUGGCGUGUUUUCUGACACGUGCCCCGUUACGGCCCACAUGGUUCCUUCAGACGGAAUCGCAGACGCAAGCCCAACAAACGUACACCUCAAACUCCGAACACCAGCUACUAUGCAUGUCCACGCUUCUGGAUGAAACUUGUGAAUAUCUCGUCUACAUUAUCUCCACAAGGAUUUUCUUCGAUCUGGAGGGAUUGGCAGUAGCAACGCCAAUAUCGUGGAAUCGCUGGGACCCUUCACAUACUCGUUUUUCAGGCACAAUAGCAAGUGGAAAGUUCACCUUAGUGGGAAUCGAGUUCUGCAGGCAUUCUGUGACGGCACGCCGCAUAUCGGUCCAACACACUAUAUAUUACAUAUGAUGGACUUCAGCCCGCUAGCCGUGACGAACAGGCGAGGUCUAGGACGAGUGGUGAAAGAGCCAUCUACGAUAGACAUCAGUGACUUCACCUUCGACGGUUCUCAGGACAGCUUGAUAACUUCCCUGCCUUACGUCGA